CUGAGCAGAGCUGCAGAGGCCUGCUUUCCCCGCCCUUCUCAUCAGACGGGAAGCCUGGACUGUGGGCUGGGGGCAGCCUCAGCCUCUCCCACCUGGCAGCCACUGCCCGUGGCCCUUAGGCACCUGCUUGGUGCCCUGGAGCCCCUUAAGGCCACCAGCAAACCCUAGGAGACCGAGGCUUGGCACGUGAACAGAGCCAGAUUUCACACUGAGCAGCUGCAGUCGGAGAAAUCAGAGAAAGCGUCACCCAGCCCCAGAUUCCGAGGGGCCUGCCAGGGACACUCUCCUCCUGCUCCUUGGAAAGGAAGACCCCGAAAGACCCCCCAAGCCACCGGCUCAGACCUGCUUCUGGGCUGCCAUGGGACUCACAGCCACCGCCCCCAGGCUGUCCUCCACGCUGCUGGGCAGAUAAGGGCAGCUGCUGCCUCUGGGGCACCUGCCCGAUCCUGCAGCCUGGCCACUCCUCCAGGGCCAGCCCUUGCCUGACUCAGUGGCCACCUCUGCUGCCCCAAGGCUAUGUAGGCCGUACUUAGGCCUCUGUGGACACACUGCUGGGGACAGCGCCUGAGCUCUCAGGGGGACGAGGAACACCACCAUGCCCCGGGGCUUCGCCUGGCUGCGCUCAGGCAGCCCUGGAGGAUUUGAGAGCUGGGCGGGAGUGUCGUCGUGACUGGGAGUUCCUCUGCUCUUGAAGAUGAGUCUGGCGGUGUUUGUAGGAGUUGCUGUUGUCGCCGUCUGCACAGGAGGGAAUACGGGUCAUUCUGGAGGUGGAGAUAUUGGGAUCCUCCUUGGCAUGGCCUGUGGGAACGAGCGUUUGGAGAUAUGGCCCUUGACGCAGAGUGAGGAGUGCACUGUCACAGGUUUUCUGCGGGACAAGCUGCAGUACAGGAACCGACUUCAGUACAUGAAACACUACUUCCCCAUCAACUACAAGAUCAGUGUGCCUUACGAGGGGGUGUUCAGAAUCGCCAAUGUCACCAGGCUGCAGAGGGCCCGCGUGAGCGAGCGGGAGCUGCGGUAUCUGUGGGUCUUGGUAAGUCUCAGUGCCACUGAGUCGGUGCAGGACGUGCUGCUCGACGGCCACCCGUCCUGGAAGUACCUGCAGGAGGUGCAGACGCUGCUGCUGAAUGUCCAGAAGGGCCUCAUGGAUGUGGAGGUCAGCCCCAAGGUGGAAUCCGUGUUGUCCCUCCUGAAUGCCCCAGGGCCGAACCUGAAGCCGGUGCGGCCCAAAGCCCUGCUGGACAACUGCUUCCGGGUCAUGGAGCUGCUGUACUGCUCCUGCUGUAAACAAAGUUCCGUCCUAAACUGGCAGGACUGUGAGGUGCCAAGUCCUCAGUCUUACUGCCCAGAGCCCUCAUUGCAAUAUGCGGCCACCCAGCUGUACCCUCCGCCCCCGUGGUCCCCCAGCUCCCCGCCUCACUCCACAGGCUUGGCGAGGCCGGUCAGGGCACAGGGCGAGGGCCUCUUGCCCUGAGCACUCUGGAUAGUGACUGCAGAUAGGGGCAGCCAGACCAGCUCCCACAGGAGUUCAACUGGACCUGAGACUUCAAGGGGUGGUGGUGAGACCCCCCUUGGGAGAGGACCCCGGGGAAGGGGUUUUUCCUUUGAGGGGGAUUCUGUGCCACAGGAGGGCUCAGCUUCCUGCCUUCCAUAGCUGCCAUGGCCUCACCUGGAGCGGAGGGGACCUGGGGACCUGAAGGUGGAUGGGGACACAGCUCCUGGCCCCUCCUGGCGCUGCCCUCACUGUCCCCCCGCCUGAAGGGGGUGCUGAGCCUCCUGUGGCCCGCAGCAGUGAGGCCACAGCCAUGGGUUGCAGGGAGACGGGCAGCACAACGUGGCCAUUCUAGGACCCCCCAGCCUGGCAGACUGGGGAGCUGGGGGCAGAGGGCGGUGCCAAGUGCCACAUCUAGCCAUAGCGGAUGCUCUUCCAGUUUCUUUUUUCUAUUAAACACCCCGCUUCCUUUGG